CUGCACCUUUACUCGCACUUCGACAACAACUACCGUGAGAUCGGAUCACGAUACUUGCGCCUCUGUGACGACGUCUGCAAGUUGCAACACCCAAUCCGCGGGUCAGCAUGACGCGGGUCAGCAUGCCAGCCAUCAUGGCUGUGGUCGCUGGUGCUCUCGCCAUGUUUGUGGCCAGAUUGAUGGCUAAUCGACAGCACGUAAAGAGUUUACGAAACUCAGGAGCACCAAUGCCGAAACAUCAUCCUCUGUUCGGCCAUCUCAUCGUGUUGAAAGAAGCCAUUCAAUCACUACCACAGAACACCGUAAUGCACGUAGUAGUACGGCGAAUAGCACAAUCGUUUCCCGGCGGUGUCUUCUAUCUCAACUUAUGGCCUUUCAACGCUCCUAUCAUGGUAGUCGCGAACCCUUAUGUUGCAUCACAAAUUGAAGCUGCUUUCCUCGACAAGCCCGCCAAUAUAAGUGCUACUUUAGAGGUCAUCAACGGUGGACCAUCGCUACUGACCAUGUACGGAAGCACUUGGAAGAAAUGGCGGGCGCUGUUCAAUCCAGGAUUCGCUGCUGGCUAUAUAACAGGACUUUCUCCUGCUAUAGCAGAGGAGGUCACGGUUUUCUGUCAACUUCUUCAAGAACGCGCCCAGAAGGGCGAAGUCUUUCCUUUGGAGGAGCAUACGCUUCGGUUGACUUUUGAUAUUAUUGCGCGUAUUACCUUGGGUGCGCGUCUCCACUAUCAAACUCAAGGAAGCGCCCUCGCAGACUGUCUCCGAAGACAAGUGUAUUGGACUCCAUUCGGUACAUCUUUCAAUCCAAUCCGUCGCUAUCUUAGCCCUCGUCCAUUCGUCCAAAAGUACAACAGUUACCGUAUGAAUCAAUACCUUGACAAGGAAAUUGACAAACGUUUCGAAGAGUUGGCUCGCUCCCGUAGAAGCCCUUCAAAAGAUUCCCACUUACAAUCUAGAUCUAUCAUCGCGUUGGCCAUGGACAAGUACCUGGACGAUGUAGAGGGCAAAGACGAGGUGUCAAAAUCGGCCUUCAGGCAGCUGGCGAAGCCUCAACUUCGUAUGUUCCUGUACGCCGGCCACGACACCACUAGUAGUACCCUGCUGUACAGCUAUUUGCUACUGUCUCGUCACCCGGAUGUUUUGUCCAAAGUACGUGCAGAACACGACAAGGUAUUCGGGUCCGACUUCUCGCUCCACAGUAUCACUCGCAUUAUCACAGACGAUCCCGCACUCCUGAACCAGUUACCCUACACUCUGGCAGUCGUCAAGGAGGUUCUGCGCAUAUUUCCUCCGGCUGGCAGCAUGCGCGAUGGCCGCCCGGGUGUCUUUUUGGUAGAUGAACAGGGUCAGCGAUACCCUACAGAGGGCUGUAACAUAUGGACACUCACUCUUGCUAUGCACCACAACCCCGAAGUGUUUGUGAGACCGGAAGAUUUCAUUCCAGAUCGCUGGCUCGUCAGUCCAGAGGACCCUUUACAUCCGAAGAAGGCCUCAUGGAGAGCUUUUGAGUGGGGCCCACGUGCCUGCAUUGGGCAGACACUUGCACAACUGGAACUCAAAAUCGCCUUGGUAAUGACUGUGAGGAUGUUUGAUAUUGACAUUGCGUAUGAGGAGUGGGACAAACUACAUCCAAAGAAGGGCAUCAGAACUGUUGACGAGAAUCGAGCAUAUCAGGCUGAGAUGGGUGGAGGCGGAGCUCACCCAGCAGAUGGCCUCCCUGUCAAGGUCACUCUGCGUGCAUAAGUAACAAUUUCAGUCUAUAUGAAUGAGUUCUCACUCGUAGUGUCUAGUGCCAUGCUAUUACUUUUUGA